AUGGCACUUCUUUCUCCAAAAGUUUACCAGUGGCUCGUGGGAGUCUUUGCAUCCCUCGGCGCCUUUCUUUUCGGUUAUGACCUUGGUGUUAUCGCCGCAGUUGUAGCAUCAAACACUUUCAAAGAUGCAUUUGAUCCGAACACUUCUACCGAAGGACUGGUUGUGUCCAUGUUCACAGCUGGGGCCUUCUUCGGUGCCGGAGCCGCCGGCCCUCUUGGUGACCGCAUCGGCCGACGAGGUACCAUCGUCACUGGAGCUCUGUUCUUCUUGCUCGGGGGAGGUCUUCAGACAGGAGCCCGGGAUAUCCAUAUGAUGUGGACGGGCCGGUUCAUCUCUGGAAUCGGUGUUGGAGCUCUAUGCAUGAUCGUGCCUCUUUACCAGGCUGAGCUGGCCCACCCAAGCAUCCGUGGGACUGUCACUGCUUUGCAGCAACUCAUGAUCGGAAUUGGAGCAUGGCUCGGUGAUAAGGGAAGAGACGAAGACAUGUUGAAGACGCUUGCACGACUGCAUUCCAACCACAAUGUCGACGACCCUUUCGUUCGGGCCGAAUAUGAGCAAAUCAAGGCUGCUAUCUCUCACGAGCACCACAACGAAGCGAAGUCCUACAUGGAGCUUUUCCGAUCCAAGAGUUCCUUCCGGCGUUUGUUUCUCUGCUGCGCCGUUCAAGCAUCAGUUCAGAUGACUGGCGUUUCCGCCAUCCAGUACUACUCUCCUCGUAUCUUUGAGCAAAUUGGAAUCGCUACCGACGAUACGUUGAAAUAUCAAGGAAUCAGCAAUGGACUAGCCAUUCUGGCUCAGAUAUGUGCCAUGCUAUUAGUUGACAGACUUGGCCGUCGUUGGCCUCUUAUCGGCGGCAACGUCUUCAACUCCCUGACCUUUAUCAUUGCCGCAAUUCUCCUGGCCAAGUUUCCUCCUGGCGAGUCCACCAACCUCAGCGCACAGUGGGGCUUCAUUGUCGUCACUUGGCUGUAUAACUUCAGCUUCAGUUCGACAUGCGGGCCGUUGUCGUGGAUCAUUUGCGCCGAGGUAUUCGACACGCGAACACGCGCCAAGGGUGUCAGCAUUACUACCAUGGUGUCAUUCGCCUUCAACACUAUGAUUGGCCAAGUUACCCCGGAGGCUAUGGAAUCUGUCGGGUACAAGUUUUACUUUCUGUUCAUCGUAUGCAACAUCUCCAACGCCAUCUUCUUCUGGGCGCUUCUCCCCGAGACGAAGGGCCGACCUUUGGAAGAAAUGAACGAGCUUUUCAGCAGCAAUGAUUGGUUGCAUGAGAAGAACAUUGAGGGCUCGCACGCAGAGACUGCUGAGAUGAAGUAG